CCACUAUAAAAGAGGGAGGCAGAAGGAAGAAAAGUCAGAACAGAAAGCAAGAAGAGAAACCUCGGAGCUUACACACACACACACACACACACGCACAUAGGCUCAUCUUCACACCGGUGUUCAAGAUGAAAGGUACACACUUCAGCGCUGGUCUCGUCCUGCUCCUCGUCCUCAUCCAGAGCAGCCUGGAGCUCCCGCUACUAGACGACACGACCAGCUCAGAGACAGACGCGAGUCUCCUGGACGAGAGGAAAGACAUGAUGCGGGCGAGGAGACAUUCAGAGGGAACUUUCUCUAACGACUACAGUAAAUACCUGGAGACACGGCGGGCGCAGGACUUCGUUCAGUGGCUCAUGAACUCCAAGAGGAGCGGCGGCCCGGCGCGGCGCCACGCUGACGGCACCUACACCAGCGACGUCAGCUCGUACCUGCAGGACCAGGCGGCUAAAGACUUCAUCACCUGGCUGAAAAGCGGGCAGCCCAAACCAGAUGCUGUUGAGACGAGGAGCGUGGACGCGUUACGCAGGAGACACGUGGACGGCAGCUUCACCAGCGACGUCAACAAGGUGCUGGACAGCAUGGCCGCCAAGGAGUACCUCCAGUGGGUCAUGAGCUCUCAGUCGUCAGCAAGCGGCAAACGACACUGAGGUCCCGGAGAAAGACAGAGUGCUUCCCGUUCCCGGAGUGAACUUUUAGGAUUUUGUUCUUCACCCUGAGAAUCUUCAAAUAACUGAAAAGCCAUAGUUCCUUAGCCAGAGCUGAUACAAGACAGGAAAUCAAAAGCCAUAUAUAUUUAACGUUCAAUUGUUUGUACUGUGAUUAUUUAUUUGCCAGAGAUUUGUGCUACGCCUUAAAAGUCAAGGAUAUGAAAAAGAAAUAUUUUUCUAUAGAUUUACGCUAUUUUUAAUGCUUAAUAUUUAUAAAAUGGUUAUGAAACUCAGGUGAAAUUUUCCAAACUCUCAGGUUUAGCGAGUGUGAGAGAAAAUGUAGUAUCAAAAAUGGU